GUGUUCAUUGUAGCAGAAUUGCAGUGCACUGGACUGUACAGAACUGGGUAGCAUCCACACUGUCUAUGAGGGUGCGGUCCGGCUGCACUGAGAGCAACAACACUGACAGAUAGAGAGAGAGAGAGAAGGAAUAAGAAAGAAGAGGAGGGAGAGAUAUCACCACACGAGGAAUACAGCAAGGGAUGAAAGGAGACACCCCUGUGAACAGCACCAUGAGCGUCGGUCAGGCCAGGAAGCUGGUGGAACAGCUGAAGAUUGAAGCCAGUUUUUGUCGGAUCAAGGUGUCUAAGGCAGCGGCGGACUUGAUGGCAUACUGUGAUGCCCACGCAUGUGAGGACCCUCUCAUCACCCCUGUGCCCACUUCAGAAAACCCCUUCAGGGAGAAAAAGUUCUUCUGUGCUCUUCUCUGAAAAGGACACCGGAGACGCAGACUUAGUCUCAUUUAGAUGAUAAUGAUUUAUGUACGCACAUCACACAACACAACACAUUACUCGACACAGCAAAAUAAAUCCCAAAUUAAGCUUUAAUAAAUGCAAAUUUCAGCAAUUGACAGCGCCAAAUUGACAAAAACAUGCUUGUGAGAAUAUUUUUAUUCUCCUGAUUUUUUUUUGGGGGGGGGGGCUUGUUCCUUUUAAUUAAAGGGAUGAAAUAACAUCAAGAUUGAUGCAAACUGAUUAGAUGAAAUCACACACUGAUACACACAUAUGCAAGCACACAGUUUUUUAAUUAAGCAAAAGGAAAUAGGUGCGGGUCUGGAUAUUUCAAUGAUUUCAAAUGUUAUUAUAUUCAAGACAUUCGUUGUGUUAUUCACAAUAGCAAACUCUGGUGAUUUACAAAUUCUUUAUGUAUAUUUAGAUUUUUUUUUUUUUACAUGUUUUGUUUGAGGUGGCGAUGUACUCUGGUAGACAUUUCUGAUGAACUGGUAGAGCUUCUAAAGUUUAGAUCAUUGUGAGAAGGUGAGACUGCUGAUACCUACACACAAAUACCACCAGUGCAUAGUGUUCCUAAAGGGAUUUGUUAUUUCCUAAAACCAAUUAAGUUUUUCUGACCACUUAAACAAGAAGUAGAGGUAUCUAGUCUCUAAGAGUUGGAAAUGAACUUAAAAGACAAAUUAUUGGAGAAAAAUGUAAAAAGAACAUCUGUCAAAAGUUGUUGUCCCAAGUAAUGGUUUAAUACUGCAGACAGAAUCCAAUGAAUGAAUGAAUAAAACUUUUAAAC